AUGAAAAGAAAUGAAAAAAGCUAUUUAAAACCCAAACAAGAUGUGAAAAAGGGUGAGAACUAUCGUGAUGACUCAAUAACAAGUUUCCCACACGCACCAAGUCCUGUGCCUGAAUUCUCGAGAGCGGCAUCCAGUUUAUCCCCAGUUUCACUUGGAAGAAAAUUCCGGCAGAAUGAUGUUAAACGGCAAGAUAUCGAUCGAAUAGCUACAGCUCCACAGCCACCAAGGCAAUUAUCAUCUCGAUUCGUAAAUGUGUCACAUGAUGAAUUGAAAGCGCUACCUUUGUUAGUUGAGACACCAUCUGGUGAACGAGAGACAUUACUGUUGAGUAAAUUAAGAAUGUGUUCAACUCUAUUCGAUUUCACCAAUAAUACUGCUCAAUUAAAGUCGAAAGAAAUUAAAAGACUAACAUUGUUAGAGCUCGCUGAGUUUAUUUCAAUAAAUUCUAGUUCUCUCACUGAACCGGUUUAUGUCGGCAUUAUAAACUUAGUAAAACUAAAUGCUUUCCGUACAAUAGCAACAAUAUAUACAAAUACAGAAAUGUCAGACUAUGCUGAUAAUGAUGAUGAACAGGUUUCUAAUUUAGAACCAUCCUGGCCACAUCUUCAGUUAGUCUAUGACCUAUUUCUACGCUUUAUUAGUUCACCUGAUUUUCAAGCUUCAUUAGGGAAAAAGUAUUUGGACCAACAAUUUUUUAAAAAUCUUUUGGAAUUAUUUAAAUCUGAAGAUCCACGUGAACGAGAACUAGUCAAAAUGAUACUUCAUCGUGCAUAUGGUAAACUUGUUACUUUGAGACCAUUUAUUAGACGUUUGAUGAAUAAUAUAUUUCUUCGAUUUGUUUACGAGGAAGAGGGUCAUUGUGGAAUAGCUGAACUCCUUGAAAUACUUGGAAGCAUUAUAAAUGGUUUUCAAACACCAUUGAAAGAAGAACAUAAACAAUUUUUACGUAGAGUUUUACUUCCUUUACACAAGUCACCAACAAUGAGUCAUUUUCAUGCUCAACUAACUUAUUGUACAACUGAAUUUAUUAAAAAAGAUUCCAGUUUAUUCACAGUGAUUGUUCAUGAUGGUUUACUUCGAUUUUGGCCUAGAACAAAUUCAAUUAAAGAAAUGUUAUUUCUAAAUGAACUAGAAGCUUGCCUUGAAUGUACAGGACCAAUUGAAUUUCAAGCAAUCAUACCAGAAAUAUUUCCACGUUUGGCUAAAUGUAUAGAAUCUUUGCAUUUUCAAGUUUCUGAAAGAGCUCUCAUGUUUUGGAAUAAUGAAUAUCUACUUUCUUUAAUGUCAGAGAACAUAGACAAAGUAUUGCCCAUUAUUUUUAACUCAUUGGCACAAUCACGUAAUCAUUGGAAUAAAACUGUUCAUGGAUUAAUUUGUAAUGUAUUAAACUGGGCAAUUGAAACCGAUCAAAAACUUGUUGAACAAUGCUCUUCGAAGUUAAUAGAAGAACAGAAAAAAAAUACUGAACGUUUACAAAAACACCAAGCCUACUGGAAUCGUGUAGAGUUAGCUGCUCAGAAAGCUAAACAACCAUCUGUAAAUUUUCCGGUUAGUGUACGUACACCGUCUAUAUCUAUAUCACUCACUGGGAUAAGAAAUAAAUAUCCAAUUUCUAAUGCAGCAAACAACAGAAAUUUAUCAACUUUGAAUGAAUUUCCCGCAAAAUUAUUUACAUCAUCAUCUGAUCCUUCGCCUAAUAUUGUGGAUAACACUGGUAGUAGUACUAGUGGUAGCAGUAAUAAUCUUGUAAAUAGCAUUAAAUAUUGUUCCAUGAGUAACCAACCUAGCGAAUUUACCAGCGUUACACAUUCUAGUUCCUUUAUUACUGAUUAUGCAUCAUUGCCUGGUACUUCAAAUAUGCUUGGAUCUUCAUCAGUUGUAACUUCACUCUCAAAUGUCCCGCCUGAAUCUUCAACAGCAAUAAUAACGAGUGCAUCAAAUGCUUUAUUAACAUCAAAUAAACCGGAUUCACAAGUGAUACAGCGUCAGCAACAAAGUUCUCAGAUGCUUAAUCCGACUGAUAAUAAUACAAGAUCAAACACGACAGUCAAUUCAUCGACCAGUGUACCUAAUUUAAAUAGGAAAUUAUUUUCACCAAAAGUUAGUACCAGUAUCACAUAUCCAGCAAGAAAACCUAUGAGUUCACUACAAAAACAACCUCUGAGAUCGAACACAUCCUUAACAGCCAAUAAAGAUACACUAUCAUCAUCUGCUGCUUCCUCAGGUCAGAUCACUUCUGGUACUAACAGUAGUACAAUCAAAACGGAAAGGUCAACAAACUUAAGACGUACAACAACGCUAAAGUCAUUAAAUACAUAACAAACUGCCAAUCGAACACAGAUAAGUUUUAGAAAAUAAUCUAAAAUAAAACAAAUCAUAGGUAAAUUAAGGAGAAAUAUUUUCUUAUGUAGACUAAUCUUGCAAAACAUUAACGACAAUAAUGUCUGUUUCUUCCAAAUAAAUGGAAGAUAGUUUAUUAUGGAGAUAAUUACACCUGUUCAUUCUAAGAUCAUCUGGAUUUUUUUAACUGAAUGAUAAAGGAACAAAGUAUAUUAAAUUCUGUGAUUUUCUUGUUUUUUUCUACUCCACGUGUGUCCAAAAUAUAUUUC